AUGGGUGUAAAAAAACCUGCCACAAGACCUGCCUAUGAAUUCAAGCAAAUGCUUCGAGAUUCAACUCGGCAUAAAUCACAAAUCGCUGAACCUCGAAAAAUAAAGUCUAAAAGUAUAAAAAAACCAAAAUUUCUUGAAAUAACUUCAAAACUUCAACAUACUAUCAACAAUGAUAAUGAUGGUUUAGCAUCAACGAAGCAAAAAUUAAAGGCCGAUGAAUAUGAAGAAGAGGAGUCACAGACUGGAAAUGUUAAUAAAAAACAAAGUCUUUUCACAAAACAACAUAAUUUAAGAUCUAGGAAAAGAAUACCAGAAGUUUUGAAACCAAAACUUCAACCAUAUGAUGCUAUAGAAGUUAAGAAAUUAUCUAAAGAAUUCCCUGAUAAUUAUUGGCAAUUUCAUGCUAAUAGUGGUCAUGGAAUGAUAAAUUAUAUAAAUGAACAAAAUCCACUUGAAUUACUUGAUGUAAAAGCAACAGAUUACGGCCCUAUUAGUGGUAUGGUUCUUUCGCCUGAUGGCACAAUGCUCGCUUCAUUUAGUAAUUUUGGAGUUAUUAAAAUAUGGGAUACCACAGAAUUAACAAUGCUUCAAACAAUGAGAGAUACUGAAGAAAAAAACAUUGAAGAAUAUUAUGUGGGAAAAUUUGCACCUACUCAUACACAUUUGAUUGCUGGUGGAAAAUUAAAAGAUCGAUACAAAUGGGAAUAUAAAGAGGAGGAUAAUCAUAUAUUACCAUGUCCAUUAAAAAUUUUCGAUAUUAUAACGGGAAAAUGUGUUGGUAAACUUGAAGGCCAUAUUGAAGAAAUAUUAUCAAUUAAAAGUGUUACAUUUAAAGGAGAAAAUUAUUACAUAAGUUCAAGCCAAGAUGGAAAUUUUAUUAAAUGGAAGAUGGAAGAUGAUUGGAUCACAUUGAAAGAAAAAGAAUGCAUUGACGAUGGCGAUAACGAUAUGGCAUUUACUGUUUCAUUUCUUCCAAAUACCGGCAACAAAUAUUUCUUGGCUACUACAGAUGAUACAGUUAAAUUAUACGAUUUUGAAACAGGCCAGAAAUCAUCAUCAAAGCUUAUUAUUCCUCAACACGCUUAUUUUAUAACUAGAGGUGUUGAGAUGUUAAAAAAAUCUGAACAUGAAAGAAUAGAUAAUGUAUGUAUUUUACACAAGUUGAUAUAUCCAAAUAGAAUAGGAGGUAAAUUUCGAUUAGAAACAAUUAGAAUAUUUCAACAUAAAAAUUACAUUUCUAAUUCUUGGCUUGUAAGAAUCACAUCAAAUGGACGAUAUCUUGCUGCUCCAACAAUGAAAGGUGAAGUUUGUAUAUUCAAUUUAAGAACUGGAAAUAUCGUUGCAAUACUUAACGAUCAUGAAAGUAUGGAAAAAAUAGCUUAUUAA